AUGACUGCUUCAACUGUGGCCCAUAAGUCUACUCUCAAGGACCUUGUCAGCUAUAGGCUAAGAGUACUUACUAUAGAUGGCAAAGUAUAUAUUGGCACACUAAUGGCCUUUGACUCACAUAUGAAUAUGGUCUUAGCAGAUUGUAUAGAACAAAGACUACCAGAACAGCAUAUCAAGGCUCUACAGAAAGAUCCAAGUCACCACGUGCAUCCAGAGAAGCGCACUUUGGGGUUAACUAUCCUUCGAGGGGAACAUGUGCAAUCUACUGUAGUUGAGAGUGCCCCCAUUAUGACGAAAAAAGAGCGUAUCCAGACCCAAAAAAAGGUGAAAAAGAAGUUUGCUUCCAAGAAACAGCGAUCACAAGUUACUGGCUCCGCCGGGAGUAGUCUCCAUAGCGCCAAUGCCACUCCCUCCACAACAAGAGGAGUUCAGCAGCCAAGACAACAACAAGUGCAGGUACAACAACAACAACAACAACAACAGCAACAACAGCAACAACAACAACAACAGCAGCAGCAGCAGCAGCGCCAGCGUCCCGCAAGAUUUAACGCGCCACCAGGUUUCAAAAAACGUUAA